UCGGCUCCGCAGCCCCAUUGCCAGUCCGGCCCCGCUCCGGUGCGCAGCUCCGAACCCGGCGAGGUGCGGGGUGCUCCAGGCACGCCGAGCCCCUCACAGCCGCCUCUGGGCGCCCCCGGGCUGCGGGGAACGGGGCUGGGGAGGAGGAUGCGGAGGAGCGGCAGCGGAGGGGAGAAGAGCUGCGUGUUGCUCAGCGGCACUUAGGAGCGGGGGACAUGGCCCCGGUGCUGUGGUUGUGGCUGGCAGCCCUGCUGGGCUCAGCCCGGGCGUGCCCCGAGCCCUGCGCUUGCGUGGAUAAGUAUGCCCACCAAUUCGCCGACUGCGCCUACAAGGAUCUCCAGGUGGUGCCCACUGGGCUGCCCUCCAACGUGACCACCCUCAGCCUGUCGGCCAACAAGAUCACGGCUCUGCAGCGGCGCUCCUUCGUGGAGGUGACCCAGGUGACGUCCCUGUGGUUGGCGCACAAUGAGAUCCGCGCCAUCGAGCCCGGCGCCUUCGCCAUCCUGGUGCAGCUGAAGAACCUUGACAUCAGCCACAACCAGAUCGUGGACUUCCCCUGGCAGGACCUCUACAACCUCAGCGCCCUCCAGCUGCUCAAGAUGAACAACAACCACAUGGCUGUGGUGCCCCAAGGGGCUUUCCACACCCUGAAGGACCUGCGGUCUCUGCGCAUCAACAACAAUAAAUUCACCACGCUCGCCGAAGGCAUCUUCGACUCGCUCAGCUCCCUGUCCCAUCUGCAAAUCUACAACAACCCCUUCGAGUGCUCCUGCAAGCUCCAAUGGCUCAAGAAGUGGAUGGACAGCACACUCAUCUCCAUCCCAGAGAAGGAAUCCAUCACCUGCAGCCUCCCGGAGCAGCUCCGUGGGGUGCCGGUGGGGAAGAUCCCCGAUGCGCAGUGCACCUCGCCCUCUGCGCAGCUUACCUACUACCCCAACCUGGACACCACGGAGCUCUUUGAUGGCUUCACCUUGACGCUGCACUGUGCUGUGACAGGCACUCCACCACCCGAAGUCAGCUGGAAGAUCCGCACCUCCAGCCAGACCCUGGAGCUCAGCGGCAGCCCAAGUGAGAGUGCAGGGAAGGACCCCCCGAAACAGGACCCUGAGCGCUUCUUGGUCUUCAAGAAUGGCACGCUGGUGAUUCCUCACCUGAGCAAGCGGGAGGAGGGCACCUACACCUGCCUGGCCACCAAUGAAAUGGGGAGCAACCAGACCUCGGUCAACGUGGCUGUGGCUGGAUCCCAGAAGUACCCGCUGCAGCCUGGCAGGGACCCGACGGGAGGUAAAGCACAGCCAGGUGACAAGAAGCCUGGAGCCAAGGGAGCGAAGAACAGUGUGCUCACACCCGAUGAGAGGAGCAAACCCCUCAGCCCCACCCGGCAGAGCCACCCAUCCUCAUCGGGUGGGAUGGAGCCCACGGGAGACGGGAAAGUCCCCUUCCAGCUUCCUCCCUUUGAGAAGAAGUGUGGCUCCAUGCCAACCAGCAGAUACAUUUCCAACCAUGCCUUCAACCAGAGCGGUGACUUCAAGCAGCACACCUUCGACUUGGGUGUGAUCGCCUUGGAUGUGUCGGAGCGUGAUGCCCGGGUGCAGCUGACGCCUACCUAUGUGCAGCCCGACAAGGUGCACCUGAGGAUGCUCUACCUGUGCCAGGAGAGCAGCCGUGGCCACGCCUUGGUGCAGUGGUCCAAGAUCGAGGAAGGAGUGAACUCAUACUGGUUCCAGGGCUUGAAGCCUGGCACCAACUACUCGGUGUGCCUCACUUACCUAGGGGAGGACUGCCAGGUCCAAGUGGUCUUCACCACCAAAAAGGAGAUCCCCUCUCUCAUCAUCAUAGUGGUCGUGAGCAUCUUCCUGCUGCUCCUGGCCACCCUCCCCCUGAUGGGUGCCACGUGGUGCCACCUCCUCUCCAAAUACCAGGGCAAAACCUACAAGCUGAUCAUGAAAGCCCAGAACCCAGACCAGAUGGAGAAGCACAUGGCUGCCGACUUCGACCCCCGCGCCUCCUACCUGGAAUCCGAGAAGAAUUACAACCCCAGCGAGGUGGGGGAAGGGGAAGCAGAGGAAGAGGACGAGGAUGAGGAAGAUGAUGACGAAGGAGGCAGGCGGAGGAGGAGGAGAGAAGCCGAGGAGACCACGGAGCUGGAGCGGGAGGAGAGCGUAGCAGCCAGCUCCAUGGCGGAGUCGCAGUCCAAAGCCAACGGUGAGGAGUUUGAGGUGCGCUCCGAGUACAGCGACAAGCUGCCGCUGGGUGCCGAGGCUGUCACCAUCUCCCAGGAGAUCAACGGGAACUACCGGCAGCGUCCUCGCGGCAAAGAGCAAAGGAUGCUCUGCGCCCCGAUGCUGCGUCCUCCUGAGUACCCACACCGAACUGGGCACGGUGCUGUGGAACAACCCCCCCCGGGACGGAGGGACGGCGUUGGGAGCCCUUUGCGCUGCCUUCCCCCCCCCCUCUUCCCCCCAGAUCUUUGGGUCCGGGAGCGGUGGGGCCGCGGGGGGAGGAGGGGCCGCCUGUGUGUUUUUUUUUCCCUGCGAUCCUCGGCGAGGCGAGAAGCUGGAGCGGGAGGAAGGAUGGGGCCGCUGCUGUGCUGCCUGGGCAUCGCCGUGCUGCUGUGCCGCGGGCUGGCCUGCCCCGGGCCCUGCUCCUGCUCCACCAAGAAGAACGGGCGCCUGCUGGCCGAAUGCGCUUACAAGGAGCUGCCCGAGGUGCCGCGGGGACUGUCCCCUAACGUCACCAUCCUGACACUGUCGGCCAACCGCAUCGGCUGGCUGCGGCGCGGCGCCUUCGCCGAGGUGCCCGAGGUGCAGUCGCUGUGGCUGGGUUACAACCAGAUCGGCGGUGCCGAGCCGGGUGCCUUCGCCAUGCUGUCACAGCUGAAGAACUUGGACCUGAGCCACAACAAGAUGGUCACCUUCCCAUGGCAGGACCUGCGCAACCUGAGCGGGCUGCAGAUCCUCAAGCUGAACAACAACCGGCUGGCCGGGCUGCCCCGAGAUGCCUUCCAGGCGCUGGCAGAGCUGCGCUCGCUGUGGCUCAAUGACAACCAGCUCACCACGCUGGCCGAUGGCACCUUCCACCCGUUGCCCUCACUGUCCCAGCUGCAGCUCUUCAACAACCCCUUCAACUGCUCCUGUAAGCUCUUCUGGCUCAAACGCUGGGCUGAGAGCACCUCGGUGUCCCUCACCAAGGGUGGUUCCACGCUGUGUGCGGCGCCGGGGCGGAUGCGGGGCCGGGCGGUGACCGACAUCCCGGCGCAUCAGUGCGUGGCCCCAUCAGUGCAGCUCACCUACCUGUCCAAACUGGACAACACGGUGCUGCCCGAUGGGCUGACACUCAGCCUACACUGCAGCGUGGCGGGCAGCCCCCUGCCCCAGAUCCGUUGGAGGAUCCAGACCCCCGGGCACGGUGUUGAGAUCGAUGGGCCCAAUGUGGCUCGGGAUGGGAGCCUCUCCCCAUCUGGGCGCAUCAAGCAGAGCCAGGAGCGCUUCUUGGUCUUCAAGAAUGGCACCAUGGCCAUCCCCAAGUUCAGCAAGGAGGAUGAAGGCACCUACACCUGCAUCGCCAUCAACGAUGUGGGCACAAGAGAGGUGUCUGUCAACGUGGCCUUGGCCGGCUCGGAGAAUCCAGCUGAAGACCUGCUACAGGAUGACCCCCAUGCCAGCUCACUGGGGGGACGGAGCUGCUACAAGGGCGAUGAGAUGGAUCCCGUCGGCGCUGGGGAGAAGCUGGUCAUCGUUUACCACGUGCCAAGGGAGGUGAAGGGGACGGCUGGAGGAGCUGUGCCCCGGGUUGGGCUGGUGACCCUGCUGCUGGCCUUGGGCAUCGUGCUGGGCUGGUAGGGGGGAGCAGAGACUGGUGCCAGUGCUCCCCCACUUUCUGUAUCAUUUACCUUCACAUAGUGCCACGUGUUUGCUGAGCUUUUGGAACUGCAGGCGGGCGCCAAAGUGGCCGAGAGCUGAGCCCAGGGCUGGUCCAACCCCUGCAUAUGUAGGGGCAGGGCUGGAGCUGAGAACUCCAUCAAGGCUUGGGUGAUGUAGGGUAGAUCCACACUGUGCUGUCGCUGCAGGGCCAGACAGCCUUACAUAGGGUCCUUUAGGGAAUGGAGGCAGCACAGUUCUUUGUGUGAUUGAUAUGGCAGGGGACAUGCAAAGCACCCAGUACCAGGCAUGGAUCAGGCCAUGAGGAGCAGGCUAAGCCUUUCCUGCAUAGGACUUGUUGGGUGAGGGACUACCCAUGGUAUCUGUGCCCUCCCUGUGUCCCAGGACCAGGCCCUGCCACCCUGACUGCCUCACACAUCUGUGAUGCAGAUGUUUUCCCCUCUAUUCACCACCGGAGCCCACAGUCCAAACCCCUCGGCCGGGCCGGUCCCACCGAGCUGCACUGCUCAACCCCACAGCUUCAGCAGGGGGAACAGAGACCAAAGAGACCACAUGAAACCAAUUAUCCCAAAGUGCCUUACAUCUCUCUGCAGGACAUCUACGCUGUGCCCCUGGUGCUGUGGGCUCAUGGUGGGACCGCCGAGCAUCCCUCAUGUUUUCUGCUAGCGUGUGCCUGCAGGAGCCAUGCAGACUCCUGUAGCCUUGUAACCAAAGCUGUGCCACCAGCCGUGUACCAAGCACAAUAAAUACCUUUUGUAAACCA